CGCAUUCAUUCUCCGCACUCACCGUCAUGCCCUCCCCAGAUAUCACAGCUAAAAAGAGUCGCACUCGAAGCGACUAUGUUUUCCGCCAAAUCUACCGCACAAGAUGGUUCGACAAUGACAUGUACGCCCACCUCAACAACACCGUGUACGCCAUGCUCUUCGACUCCAUCGUAAACACCUACCUCAUCGACCGCUGCGGCAUGGACCCAUUCUCCAUGAACAACAACGACAAAGACAAGAGCGCCGCGCCCGUUUCAAAUCAAGUCGCUAUCAUGGUCAACUCCUACUGCGACUACUUUGCCUCGGUCUCCUUCCCCGACGUCCUGGAGCUGGGCCUGCGGGUUGCGAAACUGGGCUCCUCGAGCGUCACCUACGAGGUCGGGGUGUUCAAGGAGGGCGAGGAGGCCGUGAAGGUGGUGGGCGGGUAUACGCAUGUGUUUGUUGCGCGGGAGACGAUGAGGCCGACGCGCGCAGGGAUGGAGGAGGGUACGCGACGGGAAUUGGAGAAGUUGGUGGUGAAGGGGAUAGGGAAUGGCGCUGCAAAGUUGUGAUUGGGUAGGCCGAAAGUAAUGAGAUAUGUCUAGAAUAGGUGCGUCCAUGAGAAGUGUCAGUUAAGGAAAACCUC